UAUCUAGAAUCAUUAAUGUCAUACAUCCUGACUUUUCCAACUUUGUUUUCAGGUGGAUAUGUUGCUAACAGUCUAGCAAUUAUGACAGACGCACUUCACAUGUUAACUGACCUUAGUGGUAUUAUUUUGACCCUGCUUGCUCUCUGGCUGUCUGCAAAAUCUCCCACAAAGAGGUUCACUUUUGGAUUUCAUCGCUUAGAAGUAUUGUCAGCCAUCAUUAGUGUAUUGCUGGUCUAUAUCCUUAUGGCAUUCCUCUUGUAUGAAGCUGUUCAAAGAACUAUCCAUAUGGACUAUGAAAUAAAUGGCGACAUCAUGCUGAUUACAGCAGCCGUUGGUGUUGCAGUUAACUUAAUAAUGGGUUUUUUGCUGAAUCAAUCUGGCCACCUUCACUCCCACUCCCAUUCUCACCCUCACUCUCACGUACCUCAGUCGAACUCUCCUAACGCAGCCCACAGCAGCAGCCAUGGACACAGCAGCCUUGCUGUGAGAGCAGCAUUUGUACAUGCCCUUGGGGACCUGGUACAAAGUAUUGGUGUGCUUGUAGCCGCAUACAUCAUACGCUUUAAGCCAGAAUACAAGAUUGCUGAUCCUAUAUGUACAUAUGUAUUUUCCAUACUGGUGGUUUUGACAACAGUUCGAAUUCUGUGCGACACAGGAGUUAUUAUUCUGGAAGGAGUUCCAAGGCAUUUAAACGUGGAUCGCAUUAAGGAGGACUUGAUGAAAAUUGAAGAUGUUUAUUCUAUAGAAGAUUUAAAUGUUUGGUCUCUCACUGCAGGAAAAACAACUGCCAUCGUCCACUUGCAACUAGUUCCUGGUAGUUCAUCUAAAUGGGAAGAAGUUCAGUCCAAGGCCCGACAACUGCUGCUGAACACAUUUGGAAUGUACAAGUGCUCUGUCCAGCUUCAGAGUUACAAACAGGAAAUGAGCAAAACCUGCGCAAGUUGUCAAAGUUCCAGUGCCUAAUUUCGUAUGUUUUGGGAACUGCUGCCUUACUCUUUAUCUUGUAGUCAAAGACUGAGAGCAAUAAACGCAAAAGGAAAAUGAUCAAAUAGAAACCAUUAAUAUGUGGAUUUAUACCAUGUAACAUGCAGCAGGGAGAACUGGUGCUGCAAAAAGUGCAGUGGUUGCCCUACAGAACAUGUAUUCCACUCCCUCCCUUGUACUGAUUUAUUCAAUUUAUUAUGAUUUUGAGACAAAGCUGUUUUCAGAUUAUUGUUUACAAACUGCAGUGUGGCUCUGCAGAUACCUCACAAAUUACAGUCCAAUAUUGUCCUUUAAUAACUAUGUAUCACAAAAUACCUGCACUCCAAAUGGAGCAUCAAGUAUUCAGUAUUUCAAUUACUCAAAAGUCUCUAAUGCCGAUCAUGCCAGAGUUCCAUAAUAUGUCAUGAUCCCUGAAUUCAUUAUACAGUAUUUUUGCAAUAGUAAUUUUCUACAGUAUCUUAAACUAAUGUACACAGUGCUAGUUGAUUCUUUUGGAAACUGUCUCUUUGGAGACACUGCAGAUUACAGAAUUCACUGUACCCAGACCAGAAAGUUAGCUUUAAUCUGGGCAUUCAGCAAUCCAGACAGGAAAAUCCUUGCCCAGACUUCUGGUAUUUAACUAGAGACCCAACACUGGACCCAAAGUGUUUUAAGUGAUUAGUUAUCUUUAAUGUAUUUUAGAAUAGGGUUUAUACAUUGGAAACAGGUUAUUUAUUUUACAAAGUUUUGACUUGUAAAAUGAAUUUAUUAUUAAUAACCUUGAAUGUCUAAACCAACAUUUGAUUCACAUUAAAAGGCCAGUUGAUUAGCA